CCAUGGGAACGAACAUUUGUGCGCAGUUGUCACAUCUUAACGUUCCCCCCCUAGUGAGACGGUGGCGUUUUACACCGGCAGACCUCUGACUGUCACCACAGUUUUAGGACUGAACGAGUGUUCAGGGUGACGACAGCGCUUCUGUGGCGUCAACCAGCAGCAUACAUAAAUACAAAGGAGAAAAGUAGCUGUUUCCCCGUUAAAUGGCGGCCACGACGAAGUUACGUUAGCUGAAGCUACAAGCUAACACCUCCUCAAGCUAGCCAGUAGGUAAGGUUAGCCGGGGUAGCUACAGUUAGCUGGAGAGUCUGUUCAGCCCGAGCUGUGUGCAAUCACUUGUUAAAUCGGUCGUGGAUUGUGUUUUGACAAUUGAUGUAAAUAGCACGGCGGUUUUGCACCAUAUGAUCUAACAUCGCUAGUGUUUUGUGGCAAAAUGUCCACGACUUCGUUGGAUAAAGAAUUACAAGAGAGGCUGAGAGAAGCAUCUGCUAUCGGGGAUCUGGACGAAGUGCGCUCGUUAGUGGAGAGUGGAGUAAACGUCAAUUCCCAAAACGAAAUCAAUGGAUGGACAUGCCUGCACUGGGCUUGCAAGAGGAACCAUAAGCAUGUAGUGACCUAUUUACUAAGUUGUGGGGCAGACAAAGAAGUCCUCACGGCUAAAGAUGAGCUGGCGUCUCAACUAACAUCCAAACCAGAGAUCAAGCGACUGUUAGGCGUUGAGGGGGAAGACGUGCCUGAACUCAAGGAGCCGGAGUUAGCAAUCAUCCCUAAUUACCUGUCCAAUCCACCCUUCAUGUAUUCCAAGAUGGACAGCAAGUCUGAGCUCAUCCUCGGACAGCACAACGUUCAGAACGGCUCUGCUGAAGACGCACAGAGCGACUCCGCCUCUCCUCCUCCAGCAGACGGGAUCCAGACGUCUCACAGUCUGCUCUCUGAAAGCUCCUCUCCAGCAAAACCCACCGUCAACCACAGUCAAGCUAGUGAAUUCAUUCCAGUGCACGAGCAAAAUGGCGCGUCACCCACUGCGUCCUCGCCUCACAGCCACACGGUGGUUAACUGCACCGUGCCCAUGGACCUGUCCGUUGAGCCUCACCUGGUUAAUCACGCCGACUACUCCAGCGCCGUCGCCCACAACGGAACCAUGUGUUCCUCUCCACUGGCCUCGCCGUGCCCCAAUUUGGCAGGCAGCGGCGGCAGCAGUCAGGUUCAAGCCCAGGUGGCCAGCUCUAACCAGAACCUGAACCGACAACCGUCUGUCCCACAGCAGCUGAGCUACAACCAGGCCAGCGGGCCCAUGCCAGCCUUCCAGCCGUUCUUCUUCACCAGCACCUUCCCUGUUAACGUACAAGAGUUGGUACUGAAAGUUCGGAUCCAGAACCCCAGCGCCAGAGAGAACGACUUCAUUGAGGUGGAGCUGGACCGACAGGAGCUCACGUACCGCUCCCUUCUCAGAGUCUGCUGUCGGGAGUUAGACAUCAGUCCGGAGCACGUGGAGAAGAUCCGCAAGCUCCCCAACACCAUGCUGAGAAAGGACAAAGAUGUGGCUCGGCUGCAGGACUUUCAGGAGCUGGAAAUCGUGCUGGAAAAAGGCGAGAGUUUGUCCCUCUUUUCUUCUGGUGGGAGUCUGACAGACAGACCCUGCUACAACAUGAAGGCCUCCCGGCUCACCUACUAAAGCUGCAACCCCCCCUUUCCUGAGGUCUUCUGAUGGGCUUCUGUAGCCACCCAUAAGCAACCUGAACCUGCUGCCUGCGUCCGUCCCUGAUUCUGAACCGAUCGGCAUCUGUUUGUCCACUGUAGCUGUUGCCCUCUUCCUGUCCUCCACCGGCCCUCCUGCUGCUCUCAUGUAUCCAACCAGCUCCAAGCGACUACUGAUGCAUGGCGCCCUCCAUUAUGUGUGAAAGCAUAUGCCCUCCGUUCUCUUUAUCACUCUCUUCCCACUGCACUUUGUGCCAAGGAUCUAGUGGGUCAAUUGGGGUGUGUGUGUAUGUGGGGGGGGGGGGGGGGGGUUGGCUUGUCUUCCUUGUAGGCUGGACUCAAUUAGGACUUUUGCAAUCGCCUUAUACAGACUUUUUGAAGAUGUAGAAGCAGAGGAUGAUGGGAAGGAUUGGCAGUAGCAGCUGCAGUUCCAACGACACUUUUCUAUGUGCUCUUGGCAGAAACCUUUAGUGUCUUGCAGAGAGUUCUGCUCUUAAGGUGAAAUUUGUCUCUCAUUUGAGCUUUUGGGAUCUUUUACUGGCUGAUCACAUCACUCCUACACAGAUGGGCACGAUAAAGAACAAAUACAGACCCUCAGUCUGCAGUGUGUUAUGUUAAAUCAGUUGUAAAGUAUUUACUCAUAAAUUUAGAGUUUAUUCAUAUUAAUGAUUGAGAGGCGAUCAGAUGACAGCAGAGGUUCUGUGUGAAACAUGCUGAAACUUUAGUUGCCGUUCAUUCAUUUAUUUAGAAUGGAAACCAAAACGGAGUUUAGUAAAGCUUUUACACCCCCCCCACGCCCGAAAAAAAGAAUAUAACUCUAAAAAGAUUUUUUUUCUGUUCGUCCAACGUUUGAAGACAUUCCGGUCUUUUCUUUGAAUUCCCAAAGCUGUUUCAUGGACCUUAGCCUUGUUGGAAUUCAGAAGAUGGGAUGCUGGGGAUUUGACACUAACGGUCAGCGACGGCGUGGUGAAGGUGGACCGCCACAGCCAGGUGAAAGCAUGAAGCGGGGGCUCCCUCCCCUCAGAGAUGUUGCACAUGCCCUACAAUCAGCAUCUAACAAGUGUUUACUUCUUGUUUGAUUUUUUUUCAUCAUUUUGAGUAUUUUUAACAUGUUAGGUUUAUUAUUUUGAACGUCUUUAUAGUGCAGGGGCUCAGCGGCGAUUCUGAAAGUUUGGAGGUCUUAUCAUUGAAGUGCAAUGCGAUGGAAGUGUUCCAGCAGAUCAGGACCACAGAGUGCUUAUUUUCCUCCUUUCCAACCACAUGAAACACUUGCUGGAAGCUGUGCUGCGUUUGUUGGGGAGGAAUUCCCUCAAGAAAGUUGGACGAUGUGGAGUCAAAGAAAUCAAACAGUUUCGUGCCCGGCGGGCGACAACAGCUGCAUGUUUGUAAUUUGUUAGCUUUUUUUGGGGUGGUGGGGAUCUUUGUGUUUCUGUAAAGAGAUUUGUGGGUUGCUAGUUAUUGCAGAAAUUGCAUCAUGGAGUUGAAAUUAACCUAUGCAUUCAGAGUUUGAUAUUUUUAUAUGAAGCAGGUUCUGUAUACUGUAGAAGAAAAAAAAACACUUGAAGUUGUUUUAUGUUGUUUGAUAAAGUACAAUACAUUAACUUUUGUUUUCUUUUUCUUUAGUUGUAUGAUCAAAACAUCCUAACGUCUACCAAUGUUAAUCAAUUACACCAUAAUAAAUAUCUAAACAGUCUAUAAAGGGAAGUGACGUCAUAUUUUCUGGAUCUCUCCAAUGGACUAAAUUGAGUUUCAUGGUUCAGCCACAAGAGGGAGCCCACGAGCACAAGUCUACUGCAGUCAUUUGAGGCAUCAAUAAAAGACCAGAUGGAAUUGAGCUUUUGUAAUCUAUCAUCGUUGACUCAAAAAUAAAAGUUCUUCAUUUAAACUUA